AUGAGCUUUGAGCGCACGCCGCGCGACGCCGCGACCACGCUGCCGCCCCGGUACAGCGCGCCGUCUUUCUCGAGCUCCGCGCUGCAGCAGUCGAAGGUGCAGCUGUCUUGGGACGCGGAUGAGUCGGAGCGGACCCAGGACUACGCCGCCUUCCUCGCCUCCUCCUCCGACUCGGACGGUGAGGCGGACUUCGAGUUCGAAGGCGCCGCGCCGCCGCCGAAGCGCGGCUCGGCGAAGCGGCUCGGCGAGCUGCUCCGAACGGGUGGAGCCGCCGACGAGCGGCGGCGGGGCAAGAAGAAGCGAGGCGCGGCCGCUGAGGAGGAGGGCGCGGGAGGGCGCUCCGAGGGGGGCGGCAAGGCGAACGCCGAGCUAGAGCUCUUGAUGAUGGACGGCGGCGACGAGGAGGGUGGCGGGGGCGGCGGCGCACGCAAGGGGUACGACGUGCGGCGGCUCGAGCUCAAGCAGAAGAAGGGCGCCAAGGGCCGGAGGGCGAAGGCGGGAGGCGGCGCGGGUCCAUCGGACGACGGCUUCAAGCUCGACAUGGACGACGCGCGCUUCAGCCGGCUCUUCUCGUCGGCGGACUACGCCGUCGACCCGAACGACCCGCGCUUCCGCAAAGGCGUGCGCAAAGAGGGCAAGGCGGCCGGCUCGGGAGCCAAGAGGCGCGAACGGCCUCUCUAG